GCUGUGAUGUGUGGUGUGGGCAGUCUGAUGGUGUCUGGUUCUCGCAGGGCCUCGCUCACCGCGGGCUCGGCACUCGGCCCUUCUCCUCCCCUUGAACGCGUCCGCCUUCACUCUCAACAGCAUCCCUCUCAAGGAGAACCCACUGUUUCUUGGCUCCAAGACUUUCAUCCACCACAACCACCACACCUCCUAUCCUAUCCCAGUGCAAUCAUGUUUGAAGCAAAGCUCAAUCAGGCAGGUCUACUCAAGAGUGUCCUCGAUGCGAUCCGAGAACUUGUUACCGACGUCAACUUCAAUUGUGACGAGGAUGGCAUGAAACUCCAAGCCAUGGAUAACUCUCACGUAGCUUUGGUGGCCCUUCAGCUACGCGCCAGCGGUUUCGGACAAUAUCGGUGUGAUCGACAGAUGACUCUGGGGAUCAACGUGCCUUCUUUCCAGAAGAUAACCAAAUGUGCUGCCCCUCAAGAUAUCAUCACCUUGCGAGCAUUUGACGAUGGUGACGUACUCAACAUAGUUGCUGAAACGUUGAAUACCGAUCGGGUUGCCGAAUAUGAAAUGAAGAUGAUGGACAUCGAUAUCGAACAUCUCGGAAUCCCUGAGACUAGAUACGACGCUGAGGUUACAUUGCCUUCUAGCGAAUUCAACCGGAUAAUUCGCGACCUCAAGGAAAUGGGAGAAUCCAUUCGUAUAGAAGCGACCAAGGAAGGUGUCACCUUUGUGACCAACGGUGAUAUCGGCAAGGGAUCCGUAACUCUUAAACAUAAUGCGGAUGAAAAGAAAACUCUUAAGGUCGAUAAGGAUAAGGAUGUGAUUGAUAUUGACAGUGACGAGGAGAAAGACGAAGAGCAAAAUGACGACGAGGGUAGUGAUGGAGAUGCAGAGGAGCGUAAGCUUAAGAAGGCUCUCUUCAAGAAAGAUCCCGAUGAAGACCCAAGCCAGAAUGCUACUCAGGAGACAGACGAUGAAAUGGAUGAAAGUCAAGACGUCAAACCGAAAACUAAUGGUGCCGCCAAAGAAGAAAAACCCAAGUUGAAGAAGAAGAAAAUAGUCGACGAUGAUGACGAGGAAGAGGAGGCAGACGAACAACAAAAGGAUGCUGAGAACGACGAGGAAGCCGACGAAGAUGAGGAAGAUGAGGAAGAUCAACUUCCUAAAUCCAAAAAACGUAAAUUGUCGAAAAAGGCAGCUGAAAAAUCUAAAAAGAAUGGAAAAUCGAAGGCCAAGGAGCGCAAGUCUGCUAAAGAGAAAAAACAGGAAGAGGAGGAAGAAGACUUAUCUGUCUCGAUUUCUCUCCAGCAGAGUGUCUCUUUAACCUUCAGCAUCAAAUAUCUGAGUAACUUCACUAAAGCCACUCCACUUGCCAAGCGGUUAACGCUUCACAUGUCGAACGAAGUUCCGCUCCUGGUUGCGUAUGAGUUUGACACCGGCUACGUUCGAUAUUACCUGGCACCUAAGAUCGAGGAUGAUUAAGAUUCCUCCGGAAUCGUGGCAAUACGUCAAAAGUCCAAUUUGUCGAUUCACUACCUUGGGAAAUACGACUCAUCCGAGCCUUGGACUUAUCCUACUCAGAAAACUUCCACACCACUAAAACUGUCGCUGUUUUUGUUUAUUUUUUCUUUUCUUUUUUGAGUAGCUUGCAUCCAUGUAGUUGUGUUUGGUGCUUCUUGCGGUUGUUAAAUUGUCCUAUUCCCGCUAGCAUGUACACCCUGGUCUUUUCAAUUGGACUUUUCGCACUCUAUUAGCCUCACAUCAUCAAGUUGAUAGAUACCAGUGCCAAUGUACCUCUUGUGGGCUAGGCCGUGCCAGAAAGAGAAAAACACCUUGAAUGAUCAACUGAUUACAACACAAAUUGUUUUGGUCGACCG